AUGUCAUUGACUGCUUCAAAUAACAAUACAACACCACCAGUCAUAAGAAUUAUUACACCACCAUCCUCGCCAAUAAUAAUGGUGUCAGGUAAUGAAGAAUGGGAUAAUGUUGAUGAUUUUUCAGUAGAGUCUUUUCCCGGCGAAGAAUCUUCUAUCAACAACAAUAAUAAUACAACUUUCACACCUAGUUCACCACCAGAGGAAAUAAACGGUGAAGAUAUUUCUACUGAUUUUGACUUUACAAAAAAUAAUAACAAUAAUUCAACCGACAUUUUACAAAAAAUGGGACAUUGGCUUUAUAAUACGCGACUCGUUCAAUAUAUGAAAUCUGAUGAAAGAUCAAGAGUGAAACAUAGCUAUACAACGAAUUCUAUAUGGAUGCUUGGAAUAGAGUAUUCAUUCACAGUAGAGGAUGGCGAGUUCGUUAAUCUUCCAAAACCUGACAGAGGUGAACAUGCAAGAGUAAAACAAAAUUUACAUCAAGCAACAGCUAGUCAUACAGGAGUAAUUAAGAAAUUAAGGUCGUUAUCUUUUUCUCGUAUUAGUAACAACAACAAUAAUAAAUCACCGUCACCGCCACCAGAACAAAAAUCUCCCAAUUUUUCACCGCAAAAGACAGAAAAUCGUGUGAAAAUGGCAAAUGGAAAUAAUUAUGAUUCUUUACAUAUACGACCGAAUUACGAGGCAAAUAGGACUCGUGGAAAUUUUUCUCCAAAAUCAAAGAAAACUCGUAGAAUGACAUUUACAAGUUUCUUUUCUAAUAAAGAAAAAACCAAAUAUAAUAAAGCUUCGUCAAGAUUAUCACCUCAUUUAGAAGCUGAAAAAAAACAUUUAACAACUAGACCAAAUAAUUCAUCCGUUGACAAUAUAUCUAUAGAAACAAUAACAAUUGAAUCAAAGGAAAAAAUAGAUAAAUUGUCCAAUCAUAAUAAUAAUUAUUCUUCUACUUCUAACGAAUCACCAUCAUUAUCAAAUUUAGCGACAAAUUUAAAUUACAAUAACGAUGACGACAAUAAUUCCGAGUUAACAGCUAGACCAAAUAAUUCAUCUAUUGACAAUAUAUCUGCAAAAACAAUAACAAAUGAAUCAAAUGAAAAACAAGAUAAAUUGUCCAAUUAUAAAAAUAAAAAUUCUAUUUCUAACAAAUCAUCAUCGUUAUCAAGUUUAAAUUACAAUAACAAUAAUAACAAUAAUCCUGAGAAUUCAGAUAGUUGGGUUAAUAGAAAAUCAACAUCAUCAGAAAGUGGUUCACUUCGAUCUUUAAAAUCGUUACCUCCAACACCUACAAGUUUAUAUAGACCAGAUUCAUUAGGACCUUUAACAAUAAAUCAAAAAAAGUUGAUGGAUUUUCUUUUGGAUUUUCAAUCAAGAAUAUUUUGUUGUUAUCGUAAAGAAUAUCCACCAAUUGAACCUUCCUUUCAUACCACUGAUACUGGUUGGGGAUGUAUGCACAGAACUGGUCAAAGUUUAUUGGCACAGGGAUUUUUGAUUGUUCUUUUAGGAAGAGAUUGGCGAUUACAUAAUGUUCAAAACGAUAUUGAAAAAUUCACAUAUAGAAAAAUAUUAAGUUGGUUUAUAGAUAACCCAGAUCCGGAACAUUAUUAUUCAAUUCAUAAUAUUGCUAGGAUUGGAAUUUCAUUAGAUAAAAAAAUAGGUGAUUGGUUUGGACCCUCAACAAUAGCACACUCAUUAAAACGUUUAUCACUAACUCAUAAAGAUUGCCCUUUGUCAAUCUAUGUUCCAUCUAACAAUACUAUAUAUCGUGAUGAAUUAUUUGGUGAAAUGAAAUUGUGGAAGCCUGUUUUAAUUUUGUUAUCUGUAAGGUUAGGUACAGAUAAACUUAAUCAAAAAUAUUCAGGAAAUUUAAAGGCUUUGUUUACUUUUCCUCAAUUCUUGGGUAUUGCUGGUGGAAGACCUGGAAGAUCAUUAUAUUUUGUUGCUGUUCAAGAUGAUGAUCUACUAUAUCUUGACCCACAUUUUGUUAGACCUGUUAUUAAUCUUAAUAAAUCAACCGAGUUUCCAAUCGAAGAUUACCAUUCCACAAUUGUUCGAGCAAUGGAUAUUUCAGAAAUGGAUCCUUCAAUGUUGUUAGGGUUUUUAUGUAAAAAUCGACAAGAUUUUGAUGAUUUUUGUGAACGUAUUGAGAAGGAAACAGAACCACAGUUUCCAAUAUUCACUAUACAAAAUGAAAAUUUACUACCAAAGAAUUCAAAUUUUAACAACAAAUCUUCUGUUAGUAGUAUGAUUAGUAAUUGUAGCAGUGAUCAUUCAUCGUUAUCAUCAUUAUUGUUAUUAAGCAAUAGUGAUGAUAAAUUAAGCGAGAAAUCAUUAUCAUCAAUUAUUUUAGAAGAAGUUGGGUUAGAUAAGUAUAAAGAUGAGGAGGCUGAUAAUGAAGAUGAAGUUCAAGUUCAUAAAAAUAAUAGUAACAAUAAUCACGACGAUGUAGAUUAUUAUAAUGUAGAAGAGUCAAAAGAUUUUUCAACUUUUUCAACUGAUGAAGAAGAUAGGAGAUUUGUGGUUGACGAGGUUGGCGGCGAUUUGUAG